GUUCGCAUUUCAUUGUUUCUUUUGUACUCGUCUCAAUACAUCCGACUGCAUGUUACAUAUUUGUCAACCAUAUUAAAUACUUCAUAGAACCUAAAUUAUGGAAAAACGAAAUGGAAACUUUGCGGAUUUUGACGCUGAGGAUAAAACUAUACCAAGAGGUCCUGAAUCUUGGCCGUCUGAGAUUCAACAGUGUAAAGUGUGCGACAACCCAACUCGGUCAUUUUGCAAGUCGUGCAGUAGUGCAUUCUAUUGCUGCAAAGACCAUCAAAAAGCACACUGGAAAAUCCAUAAAAAUGAGUGCUUCCCCAUCAGGGUAGUGGUCAAUGAUCCAUCCUUCGGACGUCUCAUGGUUGCAAGCCAGGAUUUGACACAGGGACAGAGGAUCCUCGAAGAAGUGCCCAUUUUAAUUACGCCAAAUACACGCUCGGAGAACGGCAUUACUUGUUUGGGAUGUUGCAAGAAGCUCACUCUAACUACUGCAGUCCCCUGUAUUCGGUGUGGUUGGCCAUUAUGUGGUGUCCAGUGCGACAUGGAAUCCCUCCACACCACCAAUGAAUGCAUUAUUUUCAAAGAACGAGCGAUACAGUCGUCAAUGGGAAACUUGGGGAAUUCAUAUCAGACACUUUGCGAAAUUGGAGUUCUUCGAAUGUUACUUUUAAUAGAACGGGAACCUAGACUUUGGAAGCGAUUAUUGAAGUUGGAUUCCUUCAAGCAAACUCGAAAACAAGUUGCUGACAAAAUGUUCAAUCUAAAUAGCAUUAUCUGCUUUAUUCGACAAGAAGUGUCAAUGGAUAUUGAGGAAGAUUUGAUUGAUACCGCUUUCGGAAUACUGCGAGGAAAUGCUUUCGACACGAGCGAUUACAUCGGCUUCAUUGACUGCUGCUCGGAUUCAGUGCGAUGUGCAUCAGUUAUUUUCCCUACAGCAAUUCUUCCUGGCAUAAACUGUAUUCCAAAUGCUUAUUAUUCAAUCCAAGGGCGACAAGAUGGGAAAUUCAAAAUUGUAUGUAUAGCGUCCGUGGAUAUUGCAAAUAAUGAACCAAUAAGCAUGUCAUAUGAAGACGAUCUGACUGGAACAUUUUUGAGGCGGCGAGUUAAAGAAACCGUUUUCUAUCAAAACUGUACAUGUAAACUUUGUUCGGACCCGACCGAAUAUGGCACUUAUAUUUCCUCCCUUAAAUGUACCAAAUGUAAAAUAGGCUACCUACUUGCAUCAAAUCCUUUGUCUUUGGAACCCGAGUGGAAAUGCAAUAAUUGCAAAUGUAGCAUUACACAUUUAAAAAUGUUGGACACACUGCAAAAGGCAAAACUAAAACUUCAGAGCUGCAUCAACCAGACCACGUUGGAAAAAUCAUUGGAAAGCAUGAGAGGGGUCACACGGACUUUAUUGCAUGAAAAUCACUUUCUUGUCUUGCAAACAGAAAUUGAAAUAUGCCGAAGAAUUUUGGCAGUCAUCGGGUUCUAUGAAAUCAAAAACAUUAUUUCAGAUGUUUCCCGUAUUUUGGAAAAUCUUAUCGAAAUCUCACAACAUUUACUUUCCGUUGUUAAUGUCCUUCGGCCGGGAUACAACCGUACAAGAGGUCGGUUGCUCUAUUGUCUUCAGUUUGGAAUUUUAGUGUCUAUUUUAAACGACCAAACGCUGCAAGAGGAUCAACCGUCGACAGAGAGUAUGGCAAUCACCAAAAAGAUGAAAAUGGAACAACUUGGCAGGGUACAAAAGGAAGCUGAAGCUAUCUUAUCAGUGGAAGUAGAUGAAAGUACAGAAGAAUAUAGGAUGCUGAAGACUCUUCGUGGAGAAUUGAAACUAGCUGGAAAGACAAUCCAUUUAUAGAGUAGUGGCAUACAUACACUACAGAAGAUUUA